UACACCUUGAUAUGCCGUACUUAAUAUCCAUUAGUAAUCUCUACAUUUUCAUUAGAAAAUUUACCAUAUAUUUAAGCCUAUUGUACACCUGAAUGCCCCUUAAUAUAUUUCGAAUUAUAAAAUUGAACGAAACUAAUUUGAACACACCAAAAAUUGAUUUUGGCACCGGGAAAUUCAUUUGCGAAGUUGAACCAUUACUUGUUCAUCAACCAAUCAACUCAAAUGCUGACCCCAUAGACUCCAAUUCUCAUACCUCCACGUCAUCACACCAAAUUCACAGUGGGUCCCGAAUCCAAAUAUCUCCUCCACGUGUAUCAGAAAGGACAAUCAAGCGCCUUCCACACAAAGCGCACUUUAGCCUACACAAAACCUCUCAUUGCUAACCUACGCCUGAUGGCAGUACAAUCGAUUCUGCUCUAACAAACCAUCACCAAAACUUCCAUUUCUGUACAUUUUCUAACUCACUGAUUUUUCAUCUUCUUUCCUUAUUUUUCAUUUUUUCUGGGGUUUAAUCUUCAAUUGAAUUCAACAAAGAAAUUUCAAAAAAAUGGAUGGGACAAAGAGGAAAUUUCAAAGUAUUCAAAAAAUCUACAACAAAAAUGAUGAUGAAGGGGAUAAAGUUUACAGGUUCAAUGUACUUCUGCCGAAUGGCAUAAAUGUACCAAUGAUAAGAAGAAACCCAGAAAAUGAAAGUAUUUCUUUGGAAUUUUUUGUCGACAGAGUGAAGGAGAAAUGCUCUGCAAUUUUAAGACAAAAAGAUGAUAACAAACCCAGAAGAAGGGUUUUCUGGGAAAGUACAGAGUUGUAUCUGGAAGAUGUUAAGGGUAACAAAUUCAGGAGAGAAGUCCGUUUUGAUGAUUUUGUUCCUAACAAAACUCAUCUUCUGAAGCUUUUUGAUGGAGUUGAUCAGACUGUUGACGCCUUUGAGAAUAUGUGGGACUUGACACCAGACACAGAUUUGUUGACAGAGCUGCCGGAAGACUAUACUUUUGAGACGGCCUUAGCAGAUUUGAUUGAUAAUUCGUUGCAGGCAGUUUGGUCAAAUGGUAAAGGUGAAAGGAAACUUAUUAGUGUUGAAGUUGACGCGGAUAAAAUUUCUGUAUUUGAUACUGGCCCUGGAAUGGAUGGAAGCGAUGAGAAAUCAAUAGUGAAAUGGGGCAAAAUGGGUGCUUCAGUUCACAGAUCUUCGAAAAAACUUGCUAUUGGUGGAAAACCUCCAUUUCUUACGCCUUUCUUUGGAAUGUUUGGAUAUGGUGGAACCAUUGCAUCUAUGCAUUUAGGAAGGCAAGCUGUAGUUUCCGCGAAGACCAGAGAGUCAAAGAAAGUUUACUGGCUUUGUCUAGAUAGAGAUGCUUUGGUAAAGAGAUCUGGUUCAGAUCUUAACUGGAAGGCUCCUGGUGGAAUGCGAGAUCCAUCAGACAGCGAGAUUGAAAUGUCACCUCAUGGAAGUUUCACUAAGAUUGUUAUGAAGCCCAAAUUGAAGCUCCCCGAUAUGUUUCAACUCCAAUGCAAGCUCAAGGAUAUUUAUUUUCCUUACAUUCAAUGUGAUGAGGUAUCAAAGGCAGGGAGGACUACAACAUUGGUGGACUUUCAGAUCAAUGGCAUCAACUUAGCUGAAGUUGAAGGUGGUGAAGUCGCAGUAACAAAUCUGCAUUCCUGUAAUGGCCCAGACUUUGUUCUAAACCUGCAUUUAUAUAUCGAAGAGGAAAAGGCUGCAUCCAAAUCUCCAAAUGUGAAACCAGUUCGUGAAGGGAAUGCACGUUUGAAGUGUGUUUACUUUCCCAUUACUGAGGGAAAGGAGAGUAUUCAGAGAAUUUUGGAUAACUUGAAUCCUGAUGGUUAUGACAUUAAAGAAGACUAUGAAUCUUUUAGUCGUAUAUCCAUCAGGAGGCUAGGUCGUUUGCUUCCUGAAGCUCGCUGGGACCUCCUACCCUUCAUGAAGCCUAAACAAAAGAGGGGCGCCAAAGUUCAAAUUCUGAAGAGAUGUUGCUCAAGAGUUAAGUGCUUUGUUGACACAGAUGCUGGAUUCAAUCCAAUACCUUCGAAGACUGAUCUAGCACCGCAUCAUCCUUUCACCAGAGCACUGAAAGAUCUAGGAGGUGACACUCUUCAUAAAGAAAAAGUGGUACAAGUGAACAUUACUAGAGGUGGAAAACAAUUGACUUUGCAGCAAUUGGAAAGAGAAUACCAAGCAUGGAUUUUCCAGAUGCAUGGUCAAUACGAUGAUGAAUGCAAUACUGGUGAUGAUGAACCUGUCUACCUUGUUAAUGCUAACAAAGAGGCGCUUGGCAUCACAUCUGAUGUUGUGAGGGUUCAUCAAGCUAUAAGUCGGAAGGGAAGAUCUUGGAGUAGGGGACAGAAAGUCAAGAUUCUCAAAGGGGCUUGUACUGGUUGUCAUAAGAACAACAUGUUUGCAGUAUUGGAGUAUUUUUUACUUGACGGCUUGGAAAAGGAUGUAGGUGGAGAGGCGCGAAUUAUAUGCAGGCCACUAGGUGUUGAGGAUGAAGAUGGUAGUUUGCUUACAGUUGAUGCUAGUGGCACGAACUUGGAACUUCGCAGCUCUAUAUCUCUGCCUAUCAUUGCAAUAGACUCAGGAAAGUGUGUUCCUGUUAACGACGACGAUUGGAAUUUCCAAGCUGACAAGCUGAUUCUGAAAAUGCCUUCAACAAUUGAAGUAUUGGGACAAAAACAAUGCAAAGUUUUAGACAUUGAUGGGGCAUUACCUACAGAUGAUACAGUUUCAGCUGGAUCUUUACCUCCUAAAGAAGUUGUUGCUAUACUGCGGCCAUCAAACUUCAGUCCAAGCACUACCACUAACGAGUUGGAUCAAAAAUACAUUUUAAGGGACGAUUACGAGAUGUGCCUGAACGUAAAAUUCAAGGCCGGAGCUGAUGAUUACCUCAAGUUUGACCAAUUUUAUACUGUAACUGUUACAAAUACAUCACGUAGAGGAUGUCAGGGUUUGUAUAUUUUUUCAGUGGGAUCUAUCCCAAGUUUAUUUCAAAAAGCUGGGACGUAUUCCUUUACGUUCUCUCUUAAAAAUUCAGCCACUGCAAGUUGUGAAAAGAUUGUGAGGGUCAAAGCAUCAGCUAAGGUCAAACGUUGGGGACUCUUGAAAGAUAAUGAUAAAGAUCUUCCAUUGAGUGCGAGUGCAGGCUCUUGUUUUCCGCCACUCUCAUUUUGCCGUUAUGAUGAAUAUGACAACAUCAUUCCAUUCAAGGGUACCCAACAAAUAGAAUGUCAGUUAAUGUCCAAUGGUACUUUAAUAUCCCACCUAAAGAACGUGAAGGUGGAACUAUCAUCAGAUAUGGAUCAUAUGAUUGUUACGAAUACGAGGAUUACAGCUUCUAAUUUAGACAAAAUUCGCCCAAGUUAUGAAGCUACAUUGGCUUUAUCUCAGCCUGAUAUGCAGCCCUUCCUCAACAUUCCUUGUCAAGUUUUUCCUGGACCUCUUCAGGCUGUUCAUUUUUCAUCAUCAGAAUCAGGCAAAGGUCUACUUCCACAGCAGGUGGUUGAAGAUUUUAAAUUGGAGAUGUUUGAUAGACAUAAGAAUCAUGUCAAACAAGGCAUUGAAGUAGAGCUGGUCGUUCAUGGAUUCUCUUUCCUGGAUAAGAUUGGUUUAAAGCGCAAGGUUGAUAAUGAGGGUUUUAUAGAUCUUAGUGGCCUCUUAAAAGUCACAGAAGGCUAUGGUAAACCAGUAUCUCUGUCGGUCAAAUAUAAUAAGAAUGUAAUUGCAAACAAAAAGUUUCUAGUUGAAAAGCGGGAGCUGAGGAUGGUGACAGAGGUACCUGAGGUUUGUCCUGCGGGUUCAAAGUUGAAAGACAUUGCUUUUGAAGUUGUGAAUGCUGAAGGUGACUUAGAUCAAACUGUCAAUGACGAAAUCAAGCAUGGAAAAUCGCACACUCUAAGAAUAUUGACAGACCUUCCAAAUGACGAUUCUUUAAGAUAUGCUUUUAGGCAGGGGCGAUGCACUGUUCCUUCUAUUACUCUUCCCCAAAGAGAAGGAAGUUUCUUUAUUGAGGCUGCUCACUCUCACCACCAUGAGCUGCGUGUGAAAUUUAAGGUUACCCUAUCAAGAUCUUUACGUGCAGAGUCUAAUACCACCUCUGAUCUCCGAGCUACGGAAGAGCUUGAUUGUGAUGAACCACAAUCUUCAGUUUCUGGUGCUGCAAAUCAUGUGAGAUCCAAGAAGGGGUUUGAGUGUCAGAACUCAGAGGUAACUGUUCCGCUAUCUGUGGACGAGUGUGAUACAUCAUCUUCCCUAAAAAUUCCAAAGGUGGAGCAUGGAAGUCCCACAACUGCAAUAUUUUCUGAAUCAAAGUUGCGAAAGCAGCAGGCUCCCCUUGAACAAACUUCGAACCAGCAGUCUGAUUCAAAUUAUGAGCACAACAGUGAUAUAUUUAAAUCUCCAGACGGGAAGAUCAUAUGUGCGGGUUAUUAUACGCCUAAGAAUGUGGUAACUCCACUGGGAUCUGAUUUAUCGGACUUUGAGAGUGCUGAAAAGGAAAUCCACUAUUACGGGUCACUUAUUAAAGCUCAAGAAGACGACUUGAAAUGGUCUGUGGUGCGCAGAAGUGAAAUUACGGAAGACUUGAGGAAUUUACAAGCUGAAUUGGAAAUGCUGCCACUGCAAUUAUCACAUUCAAGUAGCAUGUUUCAGAAAGAGUUAGUACUGGAAAAAAUAAAAAACAAGGCUGAUUCAGCUGCUGCAAUAUACAGCAUUGCUUCCCAGAACAUGUCUUUACAGGAUCAACACCCCAACUUCAUGGCCGAUGUGGUUGGCCUAGUAGCCCUUCUUGCAACAGCCCCUACACCUAUGCUUAGUCGUUCAUUGGCUGAAUAUUUGGGGGAGGAUCAAAUGCUAGGCAUUGUCUGCCUAUCUAAUGCUGCUAUAAUAACCCCGGAGAAUUAUGAAACAGUCCUAAAAUCCCUAGCUGGAGAGUUGGGAAGAAGCUUUGAAGGCCGUCAACUAGUUAUAUGCCUUGAGGAUAUCAGGGCAUAUGAUGGGGAUGUAAUAGAAAAUGAUCACCAAAGAAGGUUGGACUUAGCAAACCCUACUUUACAUGAUGGAACAACUCCACCUGGUUUCUUAGGGUAUGCAGUCAAUAUGAUUGACAUAGAUGUUGAUCACAUUCAAGUCAAGACAGUUGCAGGGCGUGGCCUUCGCGAGACCCUAUUCUAUGAUCUAUUUGGGGAUCUUCAAGUGUAUGAAACAAAGGAGCACAUUAAACAUGCUCUUGGAUGUAUAACAAAUGCUGCAAUAUCUCUAGAUGGAGGCAUCAUGCACAGAAAGGGCAGAGUUUUGCUAGGAUCUAUGCAUGUGGACUUGCAUUUCCGUGUUGUUGCAGAGGAGCAAGAGUAUUUAAGCAGAGAUGAGAUGAUGAAGGAGAUUGAAAACAAGAAAUUGGAAUUGAGCAUGGUGGAGGAAGCCAUUGCUUAUACUAAUGAACAGAGGGAAAGUUCUUUGAACAACUUUCGUGAAAGAGAAGCUGGGUUCUUGAAAUUAAUUGAAGAUAAGGAAGAAAUUAACAAACUUAUUUUAUCGCAGCAAACAACUCCAAUGGCGCCUAUGCAUACACAGAGUUCUGGUCAGUUGUUUUAGGAACAUCAGGGUUUCAUUUCAAACCAACCGAGUUUCAAUUACUUAACUUUUAUCUUUUACCAAAGAUUAAUGAUGAACCACUUCCAGUAUGCCCUCGAAUGCUUGAUGCUAACAUAUACGGUGAAAAAGGAGAGCAUCCAUCUCAAGUUUUCGAUUCUUUUGGAGCAUCAGACCUCGAAGAAGAAGAUAGUGUCAGGUAUUUCUUUACUAAAUUACAGCCUGUUUCAAAGAAGAAUGGGGUUAACAGCAAGAAUGUUAUUCGAACUGUGGGUGGUUAUGGCCAUUGGAACAACGCGAGAACCGAGUCUAUUAUGGUAAAGAAUAACCAAGGUGAACAUGUUGAGGUUGGAUCAAAAACGACUCUUACUUUCAAAAGAGGAAAGGGUAUUGUUGAUGAUCAUGUUGAAUGGAGCAUGAUUGAGAUUUCAACACAUGAUAGUAAUGUGGUUCUUUGUAAAAUCACAAAGAAGAUCCAUAAACAAUUCUCCAAGAAAAGGCAGCUUCAAUGUCAAGAAGAAACAAGAACUAGUAUUAGUACUACUACAGUUGCUGAUGAUGGUGUCCAAGGAAACAAAUGUCAAUGUGUUGCUGUACAAGUUGAUCAACCUCAAGAAUAUGGUGUUUCGGGUGUGGUUCAAGAACAAGAAACUAAUAAUACGGUGAAUCUUGGAGAAGAAGAACAUCAAGGGAUAGAGGAUGAUGAUGAUAUGGCAUUAUUUUGUAAAGGAUUGGAAGAGGAAUUGUCAGUUGGCGAUGAUUUGAAUUCGGAUGAUAAUUUUGAUGGCCUUUUGGGUUUGUGUUCAACAACUCCCAGUACUACUUCUGCUUCUACUAUUGUUGCUGAUGAUGGUGUCCAAGGAAACAAAUGUCAAUGUGUUGCUGUACAAGUUGAUCAACCUCAACAAUCUGGUGUUUUAGGUAUGGUUCAAGAACAAGAAACUAAUAAUACGGUGAAUGCUGAGCAAGUCAAUUUUGAGGAUUUUUCAGUUGGCGGCAAUGACUUUUAUCUGACGUCGGAAGAUCUGGAACUGCUGAAUUCUGUUGGAUUUUUGUAGAAUAAUUAAGUAGAUUUCAAUAAGGUGAAGCUUAACUUGUGACUUGGAAGGUGUAGUUCCUCUAAGAACUACAAAAAGCACUCCCGUUGCCCGUUGGGGAGUCACCUCCAAGGGAGAGUAGGGCUUUUUCCUCCUCGCGGAUCGGAGGAGGUUUUUGCCUGCUAUAAGCUUCACUUUUCUUUUUUGAUCGAUUAAUACAAAUACGAUUUUGAAUAUAUUUGAUUAGUACAUGCAUUAUUUUUGGUUACUAAUUUUGUUUUACUGUUCAAAGUCAGUUUUAGGAUCGGUUGAUGAUCCACUUAACUUAAGCAUACAGAAUUAGUAAUUAAUCAAGUUUUAUAUCCUUGUUUUCUUCCA